UAAAUGAAACUAUAAAAAUUAACAAAAAUGGCAUCUGAAGUAUCCCUUUCACUUCGCUAUCUUACUGAAAAGUCUGAUGAGCUACAUUCGCUUCUUUCUCCAGCAAUAACCUCAUCUUACUCUCUCAAUGAAGACAUGAAUUUUCAUAUCCAGCAGCAGUUGGACUCUCUAAAUUUCUACAUAAAGCAAAUGCCGAAAGAUAAUAUGAUAUUCAGAGCUUUCUCAGAUGGUCUUUACUUCUCUCAAUCUAAUUGGCCAGAAAUCAAGCAGACUUUGACGCAGUUCCUAGUAGUAAAUAAGGACAUAGCCAAUAAGUUUGAACUAGAUGCUAGCUGCUCCUCUCAAGACCCAUUAAGAACAGAGCUAACAAUUCUAGUCCUAAUAUGUGUUGCAUACAAGCGCAAUCUCAAGAUUCUGUGUUACGACGAAAAGAUGGAUGUAAAGCUUAAGAAAUUUGUCUGUGAGGAAGCAUGGGAUUAUAUAAACCUCUCAGUUCUCAGCGCAGGUAAAGUAGAAACAUUCUACACUAAAGAAUUCAUGAGCACGUGCGGACUCUGCCAAGGCAUCGUGAUGGACCUAGUAGAAAGAGUCAUGGGCAAAGACCUUGAUGAAAGUGAGGACUACGGAUACUCUAUGUACAAAAAUGUUGAGUUCGUCAGGUGGAAAAUGGACCAGAGGAACAAAAGACUUGAUGUUAGUUCUUUCCUUGAUUCGCUGAAUGAGAGCAGAAAUGAUUCCAUUAAUAGUUCUAUCUUCCUUCAAGACAAUGAUAUCAGUGAUGUCCCUAGAGACAUGGGCAGUGUUUGGUCUCAAUCUAAUAUUGCUGGUAAUCCUAAAGGUACAAGCGUGACUGGAAGUAACCAAUCUGAAGUAGACAGCGUGUUUAAAAUGGGGACUGAAAAAUUUAUGGGUAGCGAGAAGCACUACAUGGGAGAAGAAAAUAUUAAAUAUGAAGAAUCCAAUGCAGAUGGCCAAAGUUCUACCAGUUCAAAUGCAUACUUAAAGGGCCUAUUUAAGAAGCCAGGAAGAGUUUCUAGAAGAAAGGAUGGACCUGUCAAGAUGUACACCGGAAAAGAAACAGCUCCAGUGAGCAAAGGAAAUGCAAACCUAACUGAGAAAAAUAAGUCAAACAAAAAGGGAUACAAAGGAGCAGAGACUUAUAGUGGAAUAAAGAAAAGAGAGGAAAUGGUGACUGAAAAUGAAAUAAAUAACCGAAGCAGAUUUCAUAAUUAAUAAUAAAGAAGGUGAGGGAGUACCUUUGAACUCAAUGGACCAGAAAGAUAUUUCAGAACUCAAUAAGACAAACCAGAGUGACAACAACAAUAACUUCAGUCUGUUUGAAAUCAUGAAAAAUAAAGAGGAAGAGAAGCUAAACUCAUUAAGAAGAUCUGGAAAACUUCCAGAAGGCUUUAGUAAUAUGAAGAAAAAGCAAGAGCUUGAAACUAUUACUGAAGAAAAGACUAAAAGUGAUGCUUUUACUGAAUCAAAAACUAUUGAAAGAGACACAACAAAAGGUUAUCAAAGCAAAACAAAAACUCUUGGACCUACUUCUGAAGUGGUUAGUGAUACAAGUAUGGUGUAUCCUUAUCCAGGGGGAGUCUUAGAGGAACUUCAUAAAGAAGAAAUACUCAAAAAUCUAGGUGUUUCGAAUAAUAGUCUCAGUGGUACCAAUAUGUCAUAUCAACAAGUCCAACAAUUGACAAAUAAGACUAUUCCUCCAAUCAUGAAAAACCUAUUUAAUAGUAGCAUGGAAGACCAACAGAACAACACACAACACUUGGCUUACUCAACCUACCCUCCACAAGGCUACUACCAACAUCCUCCUCCAAUGGUUCCUGUCCAAAUUCCCCAAUACCAAAUGCCUGCUUACCAAAUGCCAAUGGCUCCUGUACAAAUCCCUCAAAUGGCACCUGUCCGUAUGCCUCCUAUGAGUGCACCACCAGAGCCAUCAACCCAUGAAAAGACACAUGAGUCAACUUCCCCCUCUUCCAAAUCUCCUGGAGAACCUGAAAGACCUGAAGCUACCCAGCCAAACUCCUCCCAGAUGCCUCAAUUCAACGUCCAGCAAUACCCUAUGUACCAAUACAUCCCUCCUCAGAUGGCUUAUCCAGCUCAGCCAUAUGGCUACCAGCAAUACUACCCUGGUCAGUACCAGCCUCAGCAGUACCCUCUUCAGCAGCAAUACCAGCCACAGCAAUACCAACCACAACAAUACCACCCUCAGCAGCAAUAUCAUCCUAGCUACCAGUACAACCCAGGUAAUCAACACUAUCCAUACAAUAACUAAGCUUCAAUA